AUCCCUUUUUACCUUUUGUUGUUUUCAUUAAGUUUACCAUUAGGUUUGAUCCGAGGUGUAAAAAUGAACGUAUUCGGAGAAAAGAGCAUUUGAAUUUAUAAAUUUAACAUUAAUGUUAAAUGUUAAGUUAAUGUUAAUAUUUGUCGAGUUUUUGUAGAAAAUAUGGUUUAAAUAUAUUUACCUUGAGAAAGCAAAGUUUGACCCCUAAGUGUACAGUAAUAACUUUCGUGUAUAUAGUGCUUGAAACGUGUUUUUUGUUAAUAACUUUUGAACAGAGAUAAAAAAUCAGGUGAUUAAUCCUGGAUCAGUUCGCGUCGAUGGUACCCUCUUGAUUUUUGCUGAUCAAUUUUUCCAGUUAUUCCAUAAAGUAUAUAAUUACCAUAAAAACUACUAAAAAUCAAAAGGUUGAAAUAUCGAUUUGUGUAUAAAAUAUUUAAAAUUAGGUAGACAUUAUACUCGUAAACAUAUCUUUCCUGGUAGUAAAGAAAUCGUAAAUACAGGCCUGUGAAAGGGCGAGUAUGUAACCGCAUUCUAAAAAAAUUAAGUACGCUUGGCAACUCUAAUGGCUCUUAUAACGGUUCUGCAUCCCAUAAUAUACGAUAUUCCCCUUCAAUAGCCCCAAGAAUAAUAGAAUUCUGUAUUCUAUUCGCCUUGCAAUGGCCCUUAUCCACAGAAUGAGCUGUCAAGAGGAAGACUGAAAAUCGUUUACUCAGGUUGAAUCAUCCUUAUUAGCAGCACGGCAAAAAGUCUUCCGUAUUACAAAAAGGCAUUUCUAUUGAUUUUCACAAGUCGAAAGUGCCGCGUAAAUUUCGCUAAAAAUUAAGUUACAAAAAAAAAAAUAAGUGAGCAUAUAAAUACUAGUGCAUUGAAUUAAGACACCAACAAUGGAGGAGUUAUGGCACAAGACAUGCAAACACUUUGCAGUAUCUGAAGAUGUGGCCAAAAGCUGGUACACACGAAUAAAACAACGUCUAAAUGAAAGUCAAUCCAAACGUUAUUAUCACAAUUGGAAUGAAAUGAUGCAGCAUAAGCAAACACAUUUGCAGCACUGUAAGCCUGCUCUUGUGUUGGCUGCAUUCUUUCAAUACUAUUCUUACGAUGGCGUACAACCUUGUGCGAAAGGGAAUUGUGCAGCAUUUGAAGAAUUUUGUUGCGAUGCAUCGCUAGAAGACACAGAGUCCAGGAAUCUGAUAUUGAAACUUCUGGGUGAUGAAUCGACAGAGAACGAGCUGAACACGACGUUUGAAGAUGAUGCGAACUUACUGCAGGAUUUGGAUCUUGUUAUACUAGCCGCAAAUGCGGAAGAUUAUAAACGCUAUAGUCAACUACUCCGUAGAGAAUAUGAGCAUAUGAGCGAUGAGGAUUACAAAAACAUGCGUUUAAAGGUACUUCAAGCAUUGCUAAGUAUACCAAAUAUAUUUUCAACACCGGAAUUUCAAGUUCGCUAUGAAGCUGCAGCACGUUCAAAUAUGAAAGAUGAAAUAAACGCUCUAAAAGCAUAGUAAAACUGUCGGGCCGAAUGAUUUUGUUAAAAAAACAUACACGUACAUAAUGAGUGCAUAGUAUAUAUGAGAAAUACAGAAAUCAGAAAACAAAGUAACGUUUAGAAAAUGCAACUCAUCAAAUGAAAGUUAACUUAAUGCAAAACAAUAUGUUUAUGUACAUAUAUGCUUAUACGUGCGAUUUAAAAAAUAUUUAGCUAUGCAAUUAACAUUGCAUUUGUGGGCGGUGGUAAUUUCCAAGAUAUACAUUAGUUUUUGAAAUGUAUUUAUUUAUUAUUUAAAUGGUGCGAAAUCUCAACGUUGUCAAAUCGAUAUUAAACUACCAAACAUUCAACCCACCUUGUAAAUGUAGCCCGGCUUACUUUUUCUCAAUUCUACGCCCCAACUUAC